GGACAGUCACUGAAGACAUGCCCAAUUGCCACACACUAUCGACUACCGUUAUAUGCGCUCAACAAGAAAAUCGGAAGCUACAGAAAAAUCGUGCAUCACCUGCAGAAUUCAUCACGCGAUGAGGCUAUCAUGCUACGAAACACCUAUUUGUCGGUUAUACGAUAUCUGAAUGAUGUACGCAUUGCAUUCCUGGAUGAUGCUGGUGCAUCUUCAGAUCCCCUCGAUGGAAACUUCAGAUCUGCUACAUUGGACUAUUAUCUCUGGUUGGAUCAUACGGGUAAUGGAUUUCACGAUGGAUGUCGUCAGGAAUUGGCUACAGCUCAUGGUGUUUCCUUUGACGGCCUCAAGAAUGGCGAU